AUACAUGUAUUGCUUCUUCUUUUUUAAGGAAAAAAACACACAUUUUACAAUCAAGGAUAUUUAUCACCACGGUCCUUUUGCAAGUCUAAUAACAGAUCAAAGAAGCAAAAGGAGAAAAUGAAAAUCCAAGAAAUGUCAUCAACUUAUAUUCGUUUCUCUAUAAUUCCUUCUCUUUGUUACUGCUAUUUCAUAUCUGCAAAAAUCCCAAAAGGAAUUCCAAGGCUUAUUUCUCUUCUACCCAUUAUUUACAUCUUCACAAUUCUCCCACUUUAUUAUUAUUCAUCUCCAUUUGUUAUAGCAGUCACCACUUUCUCCAUUACUUGGCUUUCCAAUUUUAAACUCCUCCUCUUUGCUUUUGAUCAGGGCCCACUUUCCAAAAAUGGAUCAACAAAAAAUUUAUCACUUCCAAUUUUCAUUUCCAUGGCUGCCCUUCCUCUUAGAAAAAAACAACAUAUUUCUACACAAAAAUUCCCAUUAAAUUUAGGUUCAAAAAUUGUCCUAUUUUCUGUAAUCUUGGAGAUUAUUUUUCAUUACAAAAGUGAAAUGCAUCCAAGAUUGGUGUUAAUCUGCUAUUGUUUAAUGAUUUUUCUUUUGAUUGAUAUUUUAACUGAUCUUUUUAUUUCUAUAUUCAAAAUAUUUGUGGGGUUAGAGUUAGAGCCACCAUCAAAUGAACCAUAUUUAUCAACUUCAUUACAAGAUUUUUGGGCACGAAGAUGGAACCUCACAGUAACAAAUACACUGCGUCUCACUGUAUACAAUCCUGUAAGGUUAGUGUUGUUUGAGGUGGUCGGCAAAGAGUGGGCCCAAGGUGUUGCCACGUUGGCAACUUUUGUUGUUUCUGGUUUAAUGCAUGAGUUGAUAUUUUAUUAUGUGACACGUGUGAGUCCCACGUGGGAAAUGACGUGGUUCUUUGUGAUUCAUGGGAUUUCUGUGAUUGUGGAGACACGUGUGAAGAGAGCUGUGAAGGACACGUGGCGGAUUUCUGGGCUUGUUUCUGGCCCGUUAACGAUUGGGUUUGUGGUGGUUACUGCUUUUGGGCUUUUUUUUCCACCGUUAAUUAGGAAUGGUGCUGAUGAUAUGGUACUUGAAGAAUUUGGGUUUUGUGUUGACUUUAUCAAAGACAAAAUGUUUCAAUUUGUGAGUCAUUCUAGAUAGAAUGAUUUUAUUUUUUGUCCAAUGAGAAAUUGGUAAUGUCUAUUAACAGUGGAAAUUUGAUUGGGGCUAGUAGCGAACUUGUGUUGUGCGUUUUGAUUA